AUGAAAAAUACAUUAAAUCAGACUUUGCUACAUGUCGCUGUUAAACUUAAUCUGGCCUAUGUAUGGAUACGAUUAUUUCUUCUCCAAGGUGUUGAUCCUUGUGCACAAGACAUAUCGGGACGUACUACAGCACAUUAUGUAUGCGAAAGAGGCGAUGUGGAAAUGCUAAAAGCAUUGAUACUUCCAUUCCAUCCAAAAAUAAAAUCUUUACCGGAUAAUUUAGCCGAGCAAACACACAAAAAUUGUAUGACAGCCUUGACUGUAGUAGAAAAGAAUGGUCUGACACCAUUCAUGGAAGCAUGUUUGAAAAAAUCUUCAAAGUGUGUUAAAUUUUUACAUGAACAGUAUGAUGUUCAAAUUCAUCAGCAGGACAGUGAUGGCGACACUUGCUUACAUUAUGUUACUGCACAAAAUGAUUUUAAACUGGUAGAAUAUUUAAUUCGGGUUUGUGGUUCAGAUGUGAAUGGGGGUAGUGAGCAACGACCAUCACCGCUAGAUAUCGCUAUUUUUAAAGGAUAUGACGAAAUAAUCAUAUUUCUUGUUAAACACAAUGGUAAAAAACGUUUUGAUAUACAGCAUGUGGUUAACAAACAUAACACCUCGAUUGAUAUUGAUCUGAAUAUUGAGGGGCUAUCAGUCGGCUCCAAUGAAGAUACAGUAUUACCACAGAGUAAUUCUAUAGAAUCUGAAAACACUAGCACCCCACAAAAAGAUAUAACCCAAAUGGUAUCUGGUAACAAUCUUAUUAGCCGAAGACAAAAAAAUGUUAAAGACUGGAAAGAAGAAAUAGCUGAUCUGACAAGAAGAGCAUCGCUUCAUUUGAUGGGUAAUGAUUCUGAUAGUGCCAUAAACUACUACAAAGAGAUAUUGGAACUAUUUCUCGAAAAUACUGAUAAAGAACAUGAUCCGGAGUUAGGCCGAAUCUAUAAUAGUAUUGCUUUAGCCUAUCAUCGUAAACAAGACUAUUCCAAUGCUCUAGUGAACUAUUUAAAAGCUCUUCAGAUAGCUGUAAAACUUGACAAUCAGUCUAAAAUUGCCGACUGUUAUGCCAAUAUUGGCUUGAUCUAUGCCAGUAAGAAGAAUGAUGUAGCUGCCCUGGAAAAUUUUGAAAAAGCAUUGGUUAUUCGAUGUUCAAUUCCAGCAGAGAACAUCAUGGAAACUGGAAGAUUAGAAAAAUAUAUUGGUAUCAUCAAAUCAAGCAAAAAAAUUUGA